AUGAGAAAGAUAUUAUCCUCAGCAAUUGCCAUAACUCUUAGACGUACUCCAUUAGUAGUUCCAUAACGUACAUAACGAAUAGCAGCUACUUUAAUCUCUCUUCCAUUAAUAAGAUAUGGCUUUUAAACUCUAAAUCUUAAUGAUGCCUAUGAAGUUUCAAUUGAGGAUAAUCUCAAUGAAGGUGAAAUGAGAGAAGUCUAAGUGGGUCCAAAAAAGGAAGAUGCUGUUUUAGUAUGCAAAGUGGAUGGGCAGAUCUAUUGUGUUUCUAAUUCAUGUCCACAUGUAGGAGCCCCCCUUUCUGCUGGAUUCUUGGUUGGUGAUAAGGUCAAAUGCCCAUUUCAUAAUGCCAGUUUUUCAGUUAAAGAUGGUGUGCAUGAGGAAGGACCUAUGUUUAGAGGAUUAUAAACAUUCCCUGUCAAAUAAGAAAAUGGAUAAUUAGUUAUAAGAGUAGAGAAAUAAUUAUUAAAUGCUCCAAGAACAUUGAAUAUGGUGACAAAAGGAGAUGAUCCUACACAUGUUGUGAUUGUUGGAGGAGGAGUAUCUGGUUAGAGUGCAGCUGAGACACUUCGUUAGGCUGGAUUCAGAGGAAAGAUUACUCUUAUUACAGCUGAAGAUUCAUUACCUUAUGAUAGAACACCUAUGAGCAAGAUGACAUUUUUUGGUUAAAUAAUAGGACCCCAAUAAUUUUAUGAAUAGUAUGGAAUAGAUGUAUUGACCAAUACUACAGUUGAAUCAAUAGAUAUUAAUAACUAAGAUGUUGUAGUAGGAAAGGAGAAAAUUCAUUAUGAUAAAUUAUUGUUGGCCACAGGUGGUACUGCUCGUAGACCUCAAUUAGAUGGAGUCAAUUUAGGAAAUGUUCAUACUUUGAGAUAAUUCAAUGAUUUAGAAUCUAUAAGAGACAAGGCAAAGACAGCAAAAAACAUAGUUGUUGUUGGUGCUUCAUUUAUUGGUAUGGAGACAGCUUCAGCUAUCAAAAAGGAAUUUAAAGAUCAAGUCAAUAUCACAGUUGUUGAUAGCACUACAGUACCAUUUGAAAGAGUUCUUGGUAAAGAAGUUGGAGGAUCUUUAUAGAAAUUACAUGAAGCUAAUGGAGUUGAAUUUGAAUUGAAUGCUGGAGUCAAAAGAAUUGGAGGAGUAGGUUAAGUAUAAAGAGUUGAUUUACUUAAUGGAAAAUCAUUAUAGGCUGACUUAGUCAUUUUGGGAACUGGAAUUCAGCCAAAUAACAAAUUGGUUAAAGAUCAAUUAAAAAUAUCUCCAAAUGGUGGUAUUGAAACAGAUGUGUUCUUGAAGGCUGCCAAGAAUGUUUAUGCAUCAGGAGAUAUCUCAAGUUAUCCAUAUUGGGCCACUGGAGAACAUGUCAGAAUUGAACAUCAAAAUGAAGCUGUAAGAUAAGGAUAUGUUGCUGCUUUGAAUAUUUUAGGUAAACCAACACCUUUGACAGAUGUACCAUUCUUUUGGACAAGAUAAUGGGAUAGAACAUUAGCUUAUAGUGGAGUUGGCUAAGGAUUUGAUGAAGUUAUUGUGGAUGGAGACUUAACUCAAUAGAAGUUUGUUGCUUAUUACGCUAGAAAAGGACGUGUUGUAGCUUCUGCUAGUAUGAACACUCCAAAUGCUUAAAUGAUUAUAUCAGAAGCAUUAAGAUUGAAUGUUAUGCCAAGUGCUGAAGAUUUGAAGGAGAAGAAAGUCAGUUUAGAUGAUAUUAAGAAGAUUGUCUUAAGCAAAGGAUCAUCUUGCCAUUGCAAACGUGCUGGAUAGUGUUAGGCAUAAUUGUGAGUAUGAAGUUAAUAAAUAAAUCGAAAUUAAUUAAAAUAAUAAUAAAACGUGUUAA